GUCGCAGACGGUCACACAGGCAAGUUAUCGACAACCGAUAGGACUUAUCGGGGCUGAGUUGGAUUGUUGAAAACACAAUUCCAAUUGGAUCUAAAAUAAGGAAAUCGGCAUCACGCAAACAACCUGGGAUUUGCAUGAGCCUCCCGAGGAGCAGGCGAUUGCAGCAGGAGCAGCAGGAGUGGGAUCUGGACUAGGAAUCUAUUCGUUAAUCGACUGCGGCGACGUCAACAAUAUUGAUACUGUGGCAAUUGGGCUUGGGAUUCCACAUCCACAACCACCAUGAGCUGGUUCGAAAAAGCCAAAACAGUGCUUAUUGAGGCGCUGGACAUUCAGGAUGAUGACAGCAAGUCGGUGGAGAAGGACUCACCGGUCUCUGGAGUCGCGGGGGAAAGUGGUACAACAUCUGGUAACAACUCAUCAGCGGAGGCGCCGGGUUCAGCUGCCACGCCCGCCUCGGACACGCCCACAUUCUUUGACAAUCCGCAUGCCAACGAAAUGGUCACCAUUCCGCCCACGCCCACUUCCGUUCCGGGAAGCGCUGCCUACGGCAAACGCCAGUCAGCCACCUCGGAUUCAGUGGAUCUGCUCUCCUCCCCGACUUCACCCAUUUCACCCAGCGGCGAUGAGCCCUCGGUGGCUAAACGUAUGUCCGAGUCCUCGCUCGAACUCAUUACGGCCACCACAGCCAGCGAAAUGGAGAUGUCGCCUGACACGGAACCAUCUUUGCCCGACAGUAUUGUGAUCAUAGCCAGCAACGAUGAUACAUCCGACAAUGCCGAGGGCGAUGGCGAGGAUGAUGAUGAUGACGAGGGCACGCAGCUGGAGCGUCACAUGGAGGAUCACCUGAAUGACUCCACCAAAACCAUGAAGGCUCUGGUCUUAAGCGAUAUCCAGGCAGCCGGCAAUGCCGACUCCGAUUCCACACAGAGCUUCGAAGAUAUCCAGCUACAGAUGAGCCACAAGGGCAAGUCACCCGCCCCUGCGAAGGCAGAUGUUGUGGAUCAAAGCUAUUCGUCCACCUCCUCAGACAUCGAGAUCAUCUCGAAUCCUAAUGGCGACUCCAGCACCAACAGCACCACCACACGCACCAGCCCGCAAAAGUUCAAAGAGCUCGCGGGCGGCAAGGUGGGUCUGAAGGCCAAGGGUCACCACCGCGAACCCUCAGAGAUCUCGCUGCUGUCGGAGGAUUCUCAGUCGGAGCUGGACAAGCUUGUGCAGCGCAUUAGCGAACUGAACCAAGUAAUUGAGGCGCGAGAGCAACGAUUGCUGCAAUCGGAGCGCCAGAAUGGCGAACUGCUAGAGCGGAACCAGGAGCUGCGUGCUCGUGUUGAGGCGGCAGCCAAUAGCGCCAACAGUCCAGAUGCGGCGGAUGCUGUGCAGCGUCUGUCGGCACUGGAGAAGAAGUUUCAGGCCAGCAUCCGUGAACGCGAUGCCCUGCGCAUACAAAUGAAGACCCUUCGCGAUGAACUGCAAAACAAGAUACCCAAGGAUGAGCUGGCCGAGUGUAAUGAGAUGAUCGCCGGCCUGCAGUCCGAGGGCGAGAAGCUGUCAAAGGAGAUCCUGCAGCAGUCGACGAUUAUCAAGAAGCUACGCGCCAAGGAGAAGACCUCGGACACGCUGCUGAAAAAGAACGGCGAGCAGAUCUCGUUGCUGUCCAGCGAAUCUGAACGUUUGAAAAAAUCCCUAGCCGCAAAAGAAGAGAUGGAGCGAACUCAGAUCGAAGCGGUUUGCCGGAUGACGGCGGAGAAGAAACGGGUGGACGAAGAGAAUGCCGAGGGCCGCAGCCGCAUCGAAGAUCUUCAAUCUAGGUUGGCUGCCCUGCAAGCCAGCUUCGAUGGACUAAAAGGUGAUCUAAAAAACCGCACGCGUCAAGAGCAAGACAGUCUUCGUGCCGAGCAGCAGGAGUACGUGCAGCAAGUGUCUGAUUUGCGCGAGAAACUGCGUCUGGCCGAGCACAAUCUGGCCAGAAGGGAGCAGCAGCUGCGCGAGGAGAACCGCCAGUUAUUGCGUCGCCUAGAAGCCGCUGAGCUCCGAGCGGAAAGCUCUACUCAAGAACUGGGCGCCACCACCACGCCGCUAAUCCGACAAAUCGAGUCGCUACAGCGCACCCUAGACCAGCGCUCCGCCGGCUGGAAUCGCGAGGAACAGCAGUUGCUCCAGAAGCUAGAUGACUCGCAAGUGCAGCUGCGUUCCCUGCAGCAACUGGAAUCCGUGCAGGGUGAGAAGCAGGAGCUAUUGCGCACUCGUUGUGGUCUGCUAGAGGAAAAGUUGUCCAGUGCGCUGAUGGAGGCGGAGGCUGCCAAGAUGGCACUACGCCAGCAUAAUCUGGAGGCGGAGACCAAAGAGAACGAUUUCCAAAAGCAACUUAGCUUGCUGCAGGAAAAGGUAAAGCAGCAGGAGGAGCAAAUUGCGAAUCUGGAGCUUCAGUGUCAGCGACAGAAAGCGGAAUCUGAGCAAGGCAAACAGCCUAGCCUGCUCACCGUGGAGGCGGUGAAGGCCAGCAGCGAGUUGCAGCCACAGUUGCAAAUGCAGCUGCCGAAAUCUCAGGUUCCAUUACGCUCCUCGCCACCACUUAGUCUGGCGGAUGACAGUGGCUCCAACGAGGAGGCCCUUGGCGGUAUCAUCGACUGGCAGGCGGACGAUCUUGAUUGCGCUUCCAACUCGGGCCGCCAGCCAUCUGGAAUCAUCCAAGGCGUGCACCUGAGCUUCCUGGCAGCCAACACCAGCACCUUUGAACACCUACAGGCCUUGUUAAAGCAGCGCGAUGGAGAGCUAACCCAUUUGCAGUGGGAGCUAUCGCGCCUGCAAGCCGAACGAAGCGUUCUCGAUGGGGAGAUAUCCAAUCUGACCAUCGAACUGGAAAUGAUGAAGGAAAAACUGCAAGUGUACGAGGUCAUGGAGAAGGGAUACGAGGACCUACAGCAUCGCUAUGACGCUUUGCUCCAGAUGUACGGCGAGAAGGUAGAACGCACAGAGGAACUGGAGCUAGACCUGACCGAGCUGAAGGCGGCAUACAAGCUGCAAAUUGACGAACUGCUGGCCGCCCCGCCUCCCAAUCUGCAACGGCCGCCGAAGCAGACAUGAUUGCCGGAGCGCAGGAUCGUCUCCCUGCCCGAGUUGCCAUGUCUGCGGCGAACGUGGCCACCGUAACGUUCCCCCAUGUCCGUCUCCCAUUCCCAGUUGCAGUGUAUUAUGCUUUAUAUAUAUACAUACAUAUUCUACCUAUCGAUUAACCACAAGCGAUACGAAUCCGGUCUGGGGAAUCCACUUCCACUUCCCUAUCCUCCAAAAACAUCCACCACACAUGUACAUGCGAGUAUAUAUUUAUGAUUUGCGUAUGUUGAAAUUUUCUAGUUAUAUUAUGAAUUGAUCGAUUGUGAUAAUUUAAUUUAAACUAUAUAUAUAUAUAUAUACACACAUAAAGUUAUCGUCUAUGACUAUGUACAAAACUGUUUCUGUUCCGAGCAGUUUGUUAGGCGGUUGUGACGACACAGCAGCAACAGCAACAGCCUUUUGCAAAUAAAUCAAAUAUCAUUUAAUACAGAGUAA